AUGACACAAUUUGUCCGCACCCUUGUCGGGCUGUUGCUAGCUGUUCUCGUUGUUGUGCAGAUUGUCAAUGCGGCGCCGGAGCCGAGCAUGCGCGGAAUGGGUAACCGGUACAUUACGCGUAUUCUCGACCAGAUGCCAGCCUAUUCCCCGGGGCAUUCCGUCUAUCGCCGAUUCGACUUUACGCGACCAAUCCAAGAAGUCUACCCGGUAAAGAAGCGCAACAACGCCGAGGUGGUCAACCACAUCCUCAAGAACUUCGGCACACUCGACCGACUCGGUGACGUCGGCAAA